CCCUAACAUAAUAUAAAGAUAAUGGCUCGGCAUUUUGGCAUGCCAACCUGCAAACGUAGAUCCUCAUGAGGCUAUCAAGUAUUCGCCAGCCGCACCUAAACACCUGAUUUGAGAUAAUCUCUCCUGAGUCUGAUUUCCCAACAACAGAAGAGAUGCCUCCGCGUAACUAUCCUCCGGAUGUUUCGAACCUCGUCAUCGCCUCUGCUCAACAUCCCUAUCGUGGUGCGUAUCAUGGACGUGCUCGAGGGCGCUCACCCGAUUAUUUGGGACCGGGGUUUUUGUUAGACGCUGGCCGUGGUUCCGACAGCACUAUCAACACCAUACCCCAAGACGAUCCAUAUGUUAUCGAUGACGUUCGUAUUGAUGAAGGUCGCUAUGAAGAACCACACCGGAGCACUGGAUUUUGGGACCCGAGGAUGCAAGGUAUCCGUAAACAGGUUGCAUAUGAAUGGGCUCGAAUGCUUCUUAUCCUUGUGCUAUACAUCAUGGCCAUCUUGUGCAUGUACUGGGCCGUCCUAUUCCACGUGAACAAGAACAUGGUCAACAUAACAGUCCACGUCGUCGAUUUCGAUGGUCAGGUUGCCCCGUACGACUACGUGACGCCGCUCGUAGGGCCGGCCGUGACAGAUGUAGUGGAACAGAUGCGCAGCAUGCAGCCAACGUUGGGGUACACCAUCGUACCACCAGAACACUAUAAUUAUGACCCGAUUGCUGUGCGCCAAGCAGUGUACGACUGGCAUGCCUGGGCUGCCAUCAUAAUCAACCCAAACGCGACGGCAUUACUCCAAGAGGCCGUGGCUACCGGUAACGCCUCAUACAACCCCAUCGGCGCUAUUCAAUUCAUCAUACAGUCGGCGCGUCAAGAGACCGUACAUGCGAACUACAUUGUCCCGCAGUUGCAGACGAUCGCGCGGAACUUCGCUGCGCAGUUCGGCCCAUCGUGGACGCAAAGCGUCAUGACGAAUGAUUCUCUCUCGCUCGAUGUGCUGACAAGAGUUCCCGCCGCCAUAAACCCUGGCGUUACGCCGCUCACGAUCGACUUGCGGCCGUUUGGUCCAGCUACCGCUACGCCCGCUGUCACUAUCGGUCUAAUCUACCUCAUCAUCGUAGCAUUUUUCUCGUUCGCGUUUUUCCUACCGAUCCACAUGAAAUUCGUCAUGCCAGGCGCCCAUCCACCGUUACACUAUUGGCAACUUAUUAUCAUGCGUAUCUGUGCCACGGUCACAACAUACUUCUUCGUCUCCCUCAUAUACUCACUGGUGUCGCUCGCGUACCAGAUCCCGUUCUGGCCACCGCCAGCGUCGCAAACAGAACCCGCGUUCAAUGCUACGGCAUAUGGCCGCGGCUCCUUCGUGGUAUACUGGAUGGUCAACUUCCUAGGCAUGAACGCCCUUGGUAUAGCCUGUGAAAACGUCGCCCAAAUCGUUGGACAGCCGUGGACUGCGGCGUGGCUUAUCUUCUGGGUCAUAACCAACGUCGCGACCUCUUUCAACUCAAUCGAGCUGGCGCCGGGCUUCUUCAAAUGGGGAUACGCGUGGCCGCUGCACCACAUCGUGCAGGCUAGUCGGCAGAUCUUGUUCGACCUACACUCUGAGAUCGGGCUUAACCUGGGCGUUCUUUUCGCGUGGGCCGCUCUUAACCUAGCCUUGUUCCCGGUUUGCUGCUACUUUGGGCGGUGGAAGAUGGACCGCCAAAGGCGGAGCGCCGAACGAAACGCCGAGUCCUAUGCCGUGUAUGAUGCUGCAGCUGAGGGUCAGAAGAAGCAUGUGCCGAAAGAGAAAGGUGUGCUACCCCCGAUACGAAAGAGAGGGUUCAUGAGGGGUUGGUAAGGAAGAAGAAGGGAGGGAGGGUGGAAAGCGAGUUUAUGGCAAUAAAUGUUUGAAUUUUGGGAGCAUUGUAUACGCAUAGGUAUUGCCUUUUGAGUUU